CAAGCAUACAUCAAACCAAGCUUACAGAUAGAUAUCUCUAUCUGUGUCCCUCUUCAUUCCUCCCCUCCCUCGAAUAUCUCCAAGGGAGCUUCUGUCCUCCGCUCGCAUGGCACAGUCUCUAAGUCCUGACCGCCGCCAUCAUGAUCGCAGACACCUUAUCCAUUCCCGGCUACACCAUAUUUCGGGACGAGGACAUUGGUUCCUCCUCUAAUGAUGCUGUCGCCGCCCCCGUAGGGCGACCUGCCCACCCCCUUGAUUCUCUCUCUCUCGAAGAGAUACCCUUCGCAGCAAAACUGAUGCGCAAGCACGCACACCCGCAGCAGCUCAAGUUCAACUGCAUCACCCUCCGCGAGCCACGCAAGGCCGAGUAUGCGGCAUUCCGCGAGCGCCGAGGCCCAACGCCAGACCGCCGUGCCUUUGCGAUUGUGCUCGUCCGCGGCUCAGCCGAGACGAUUGAGGCCGUUGUCAACCUGACGAGCGGCCAGAUCGAACAGUGGAAGACGGUUAGCAACGUCGGACCCACACUGACGCUCGAGGACCUCGACGUCACGGAGCGCGUGUGCCGCGAGGAUCCGCAGGUCAUUGAGGCAUGCCGCGAGAUCGGCAUCACCGACAUGACGCGGGUGUACCUCGACGCGUGGGCCAUUGGCUUUGACGACCGCUGGGGCUUUGAGCGGCGCCUGCAGCAGGGCCUGGCGUACUACCGGUCCUCGCCGGGGGACAACCAGUACGCACAUCCGCUCGACUUCAGCGUCGUGCUUGACACGGAGGCGGAGGAGGUGCUGAGCGUCGACAUCCGGCGGGUCAACGGGGAGCGGACGAUGGUGCCGCUCGAGGACCACAACUACAUGCCCGAGUUCAUCAGCUCAGGGUACGUGGACCGGCUCAAGCCCAUCGACAUUACGCAGCCGCAGGGCGUGUCGUUCCGGAUGCAGGGCAACGAGCUGUCGUGGGCAAACCUGCGGAUGCACGUGGGGUUCAACUACCGCGAGGGCAUCGUGCUGAGCGACGUGCGGGUCGACGACACGGAGCAGGGGCGGGAGCGGUCGCUGUUCAACCGGCUGAGCGUGGUCGAGAUGGUGGUGCCGUACGGGGACCCGAACCCGCCACACCACCGCAAGCACGCGUUCGACGUGGGCGAGUACGGGACGGGCCUCAUGACCAACUCGCUCAAGCUGGGCUGCGACUGCAAGGGCGCCAUCCACUACCUCGACGCCGUCGUCGCCACCGCGUCCGGCGACCCGGCCCUCAUCAAGAACGCCGUCUGCAUCCACGAGGAGGACAACGGCCUGCUCUACAAGCACACCGACUACCGCGACGGCACCGUCGUCUCGGCCCGCGACCGCAAGCUCAUCCUCUCCCAGAUCAUCACCGCCGCAAACUACGAGUACUGCUUCUACCACACCUUCACCCUCGACGGCACCUACUCGCUCGAGAUCCGCCUCACCGGCCAGCUCAACACGUACUGCAUGCACCCCUCCGAGACGGCCGCCCCCUACGGCACCGAGGUCGCCCCCCGCGUCAACGCCCACAACCACCAGCACAUCUUCUCCCUGCGCGUCGACCCGGCCAUCGACGGGCCCAACAACACCGUCGUCCAGAACGACGCCGUCCCCUCCGACUUCCCCACCGGCCACCCCGAGAACCCCUACGGCAACGGCUUCUACUGCCGCAAGACGCCCCUGCUCACCUCGCGCGCCGCCGUCAGCGACUACUGCCACGAGACGUCGCGCUCCUGGGACAUCACCAACCCCUCCAGCAUCAACCCGGUCUCGGGCAAGCCCGUCGCCUACAAGAUCCUCAACAACAACUGCCCGCGCCUGCUCGCCCGCGCCGAUAGCACCCUCGCCGCCCGCGCCCACUUUGCCCGGCACGCCCUGUUCGUCGUCCCCUAUCGCGACUACGAGCUCUUCCCCGCGGGCGACUACGUGUGCCAGUCGCGCGGCGGGCUGGGCCACCCGCACAACGCCACACUCGAGGACUGGGUCGCGCGCGACGAGAGCCUCGACAACACCGACGUCGUGUGCUUUGUCCAGUUCGGCUUAACCCACUUCCCCCGCACCGAGGACUUCCCCAUCAUGCCCGCCGAGCCCGUCAGCGUCAUGCUCCGCGCGAGCAACUUCUUCACCAAGAACCCGGCGCUGUGGGUCCCGCCGUCGACGGUCAGCGUCGAUCGGAGCUCGAGGAAUGCGGACGCGGACGCGGACGCAACGGCGGCGGCGGCGGCGAGGAAGGAGCAGAAGAAGGAGGAAGGGGAGAAGCUUGCGGUGGCUGUGGCUGGGGCCAAGUCGUGCUGUUCUGGGAAGGGAAAGAUUGGGUCGAAAUUGUAGUCGUGGAUCGCGGUAGACCACAUUGGGCGUCAUCUGAGAUAUAGUGUACAGCUGGACUUGACUUUUGGACUUUGUAGUCUGCAUACAAUUCUGGGUUUUACAAUCAGAGAUGAGACGGUUGUCACAAUGCGAGGAUUUAAGCUGUUUUCAUUGUUCAUGUUAGCAGCACCUGGUCGUGAUUGAUCUCAGUGAAGAUCUUCGGUUU